UCGUAAUGAGUGGAUCGUUCGUUAAAGUGACUGAAAUGUUGUUGCGGUGGUUGUGAUUAUGUGAGAACGAGCAUUCAAUAAACUCUACAUGCAAUGGGCGAAACGAAAUUGAUACAAAUUAUUCUACUAAGUGUACUAUGCCAAAUAACCCAUGCAAGACCGUUCACUUUCCCGGACGGCACUCAAACGAAUGGCGACCGCAACGGCAGCUCUCGCUCUGGGCAGCAUCCCGAACCUGAAGGUCGUAGCAUCCGAGGCGGUUACAGUCAGGACAAACGUCUGGAUAUCUACAGCCGAUACAACGUGUACGAACACGAAGAAGACGAUUACCGAAGAACAACGACCACCUUCCGACCUUAUGUCACCAUUGGUUCAACCAAGCAAACGUUCAAUCGAUAUCCAAAUGCUAACUACAAUAGACUUCCGCCGGCGAAAAAUGACGAACCGAUAGAAGCAGAACCGGAAGAUGAUUACGAUGACGAUGGAGAUGCAGAGGAUGGUGUUGAUCCUCCGAAUGCUGCAGAAGACUUCAGCAGCAGCAGCACUUCCGGUAGCAAACCAGUUACGUUCAACAAUCUGCUGUUCACCAACAAUAACAAGUUUGGUGGAUUCGGUAACCUAUUUGGUGAAAAUCGCGUCAAGCACAAGUACAAAUUCAAACGACGAAGGCCCGGUCAGCCGUGCAUUCCAUAUGAUCUCUUCAAUCGACUCCGAACGGGUCGUGAUUCGAAUGGGAAUCGAAUCGAUCCAAAAACUUUGAUUCCUCCGCUGAAUUUGGUGCUGGCCGAUGUGAAUUACUACUCCCCAUCAAAUAACUACAACGGUCACGGGGUGGCAUCCGAUACGGGAGCUUCUUACGAUACGGGAACUUCCAGUGGGGGAGCUGUGUUCAAUAACGUAUUCUACGAUGCUGUCGGAGGUUAUCCCUGUACGGGAGGAUACAAGCCUCAACGACCUCACGGAGGUCCGCUGGGAUUCUUCGGGCAGGGUGGACUGUUCGAUUGGGUAUCUUCGGCGGAUUCCGUGCAGAGCGAUCCGGGCGAGGGAGGAUCGUCUAAUAAACCGACUGUGGUGUUCAAUCUAAACGAUGCCAUAGACUCAGUGGCAACCAACUGGAAUCCAGGUGAGAGGUUUCAAAUGAUGAUGAAGGUCAUAGCGGAGUUCAUAUCGUCGGUUGCUGGAGGAGGAGGAGGGGUACCUGUCGUGGGUGAUGCUGUCGAUACAGUGCGGCAAGUUAACAAAGAGUUUGUUAGUUUAUUUACCUAAAAUACUCAUAUAAG